CUACCUCUUCUAUGCUGGCCAAGGGUGUCUUGUGCCUUUGUGGAAGUCCAAAGGUUAUUCCAAUCCAAGUCCUCCUCGCAGGAUCCUGGUAGUCUGUUCUCUUCAACAAAAUUUCUGUAUAACAUACAAAGACGACCGACAAAACCGACGACGGCUUCAUCUGCGUCGGGAAGCUAGUUCUACAUCGACGAGUUUCUGGCUUCCUAUAUGAUUCAAACUAAAACCUUGUUUUCCGCCGAUAAAUCUCUUGUGGUAUAAUCUUCUCUAUCCCAGAACUUACAGAAUUGAUGGGAAAUUUAUUUGUUAAGAAGCCAAAAGUAACCGAUGUGGAUCGAGCAAUCCUCGCGCUCAAGACCCAGAGACGGAAGCUUGCUCAAUAUCAACAAAAGCUUGAUGCUGUUAUUGAAGCAGAGAAACAAGCUGCAAGAGACUUGAUUCGUCAAAAGAAGAGAGACAGAGCCUUGUUAGCAUUAAAGAAGAAAAAGACACAAGAGGAAUUGUUAAAACAAGUUGAUGCCUGGCUUAUAAAUGUGGAGCAACAAUUGGCAGACAUUGAACUAGCAAGCAAGCAAAAGGCUGUUUUUGAAAGUUUGAAGGCCGGUGGUGAUGCGGUUAAAGCCAUACAGAGUGAGAUUAACAUGGACGAUGUUCAGAAACUUAUGGAUGAUACUGCUGAAGCUAAAGCUUAUCAAGAUGAAAUCAAUGCAAUCUUAGGGGAGAAGUUAUCUGCAGAAGAUGAGGAGGAGAUUUUAGCAGAAUUUGAGAACUUGGAAACUCAGCUUAUGGUUGAAGAUCUUCCUGAAGUUCCUACCGUCGAGCCUGAAGGCAUCAAAGAGGAACUGGACCUUCCUGAUGUCCCCACCAAAGCACCUGCUGCACCUGCAACUGACGCUGCUUUUUCCACAAAAACAAAAGUUAUGGAGGAACCACUUCCAGCUUGAAGGGCAUGGCUGGCCAAAUUAGGCGCAUCGUCUGGCUUACAUGCAUUCACCUGCUACUCUGAAUUUGUGCAUUUGCUGGAAUUUAGGUUGGCUUUAGUAUUUUUAAUUCCAGCGACCAGCGACCAGCGACAUUCGAUUUGUACAGAAAUGCUUGUAUAUUUUUCCAACUCAAAUGAUAUUUUGUACAACAAAUAUGUGAUUUCGCUAAGGACUCUUUAGCUCAUGAUGGGUUGUUCUCUGUUCUACCGCUUCUCUUCCAUUUAGCCUUCUGAUUGUUUGUAGGUUCUUCAACAAUGAAAUCCUUUGCCAAUUCCGAUUCUGGAAAUUCUGAUUGUUACUACUAUUUGUAUUUA